AUGGCGGCAACUGGAAAACAGUAUGAAGUAUUAACUGACUUGCAAAAAGCUAUCUUGAAAUCUUAUGACGAUCAGGGAAUGAAUACAACCUCAAAGGAGAAACAUAAAACAAUACAAAAGGCAGCUGAUGAGACAAGAAUUACAUUUGAAAAGGUUGAAGUAUUAACAUACAAAUAUUUUUUAGAAGGUACUAAAAUUUUUCAUACCUUUUUUAAUAAAACUUUUUUUCAGGAAAAGAACUGUGCAGAUCUUUACAAAAAAGGUGAAAAAAAUAACGGAGUUUAUGUAAUUGAUCCAGAUGGCCAGGGCAGAUUCCGUGUCUUCUGUGAUAUGACGUCAUCUGGUGGAGGUUGGACUGUGUUUCAACGUCGUCAAGAUGGAAGUGUAAACUUCUAUCGCGGUUGGAAAGACUAUAAACAAGGAUUUGGUAAUCUUACUUCUGAAUUCUGGCUUGGAUUGGAUAAAAUAUACCGACUAACAUCAGCCAAGAGAAAUAAACUUCGUGUUGACCUGGGAGACUGGUCAGGAAACAAAGCAUAUGCUGAAUAUGAUUAUUUUGUUGUAAAGAAUGAAAGUAAAAAAUAUCAACUAAGUCGUGGAGCAUAUUCUGGAACUGCUGGAGAUUCAUUACGUAUUCAUAAUGGCAUGGCGUUUUCAACAAAAGAUUCAGAUAAUGACAAAAGUGGAAGAAACUGCGCCACUGUCCUGAAAGGUGCUUGGUGGUAUAAUAAUUGUCAUUCUUCCAAUCUGAAUGGGCACUACUAUAGUACAGCAUUCGACGGUGGGAGAAGUGUGAGUUGGUAUUAUUGGAAAAAAAACAAAAAAUCCUUAAAGUUUACUGAGAUGAAAAUGAAAACCAUAAAGAAUUUUUAAAUAUUGUGUUUCUUAACUUUCAUGAAUAUAUCUUAUGAAACUUUGCAUAAUAUUGACAUUUGAUAAUAACUCUUUCAAUAGAACCUUUACAAUCAUCAUUCUUUUAAAACAGCGUGGAAAAAAUUGUUGAAAAAUGCUGUGGUGAAAUAAUAAUUUCCUUUC